UGAAGACUAAGAUUUGAUGAUCAUUUGUAUCAAAUAUGAAAAAAGACAAAAAGUGAUUUAAAUGUAUAAUUGUGUAAUUGUGGUCUCAGUCGUUUCAUUAUCUGAGCUCAGAGUGAGUCACUAACUUUAUUUAUGUGGAACACAAUUUUAACACUGUGAAGGCACUUCACCCUCGAUCCAUAAACAUGCAGGAUUAGUAUAACUGGACACUGUGAUUGACCAUAGGUUUGUGUGGCUGGAGAACUGUCUCCUCCAUCACCCGAUGAAGAGAAGAAUGAAAUGAAAUGAUGCAUGAACGGAAAAACAAUACAAUGCUGUUAACCAAAGUGUGGGAUGUGGCCCUACUACAGACAUAACAUGACGUUUUCUGACAAUAUUAAUCUAAAUAUGCAGUGUAUUUUUUUGUUGUUGUUUGGACCGAUGUUUUGACAGCACUAAGAGUUUUGUGUGUGGACAGGACUUUAAAAACCCUGUGUUUGUGUGGAUUCAGGGGAUAAAAUAUAACAAACAUGGAUCAAGAAACAAGGAUUCAAGAAAACUAUGAAUAUAGAAAGUGUAGGAAAACAAGCAGUGGCCCUGAAACGAUCACACCACUAACAGGAGGACCUUCUUUGGUCUGAAGUAUCACUGGUCUCUUUAUUAUUUGUUUAGUGUCAAACCAUGACCUCAGUCUUUGCAGCUUUUGAAUAAUGACUUGUUAAAACAGAUGUAUGAAGACGUUUACCAAACAUGAACCUCUUUGAAUGUUUGAUUUACCUUUGAAAAGUUACAUCAUUAGAUACAACUCACAUUUUAUUUCCUCCAGAGUCACAACAUUGUCUUUAUUCACAGGCCAGCUGCAGAUGCACAGGCACAUGGCUAAAAGUGGCAGCACUCUACGAGACCUGCAGCUGGCGCUGCAGCUGAAGAUCGAGGAGCUAAGACAGAGGGACGCUCUGAUCGAUGAGCUGGAGCUGGAGUUGGACACCAAGGAUGAUCUGAUCCGACAGCUGCAACUGGACCUGGACCAACACCGCAACACCUCCCUGAAAGCUGCCAGCUCUGCAGAGACAACCACAGAAGCAGCGGUGAUUUUGGCCCCUGGAGCUGACGAGCCUCAGAGGACUAAACGACAGGCGAUCUCAGCCGAGCCCUCAGCUCUGGACCCGUCACAGCUGACGGACGUGACACUCACCAGCUACUGCAAGUCCAAAGAAUCCAGUGAGCUGAUCCAGAGGGCGCUGAUGGACAAUGACUUCAUGAAACACCUGGAACACGGACAGAUCCUCACCAUCAUGGACUGUAUGCGUCCCACCAGCUUAGAGAAAGGCUGCUGUGUGAUCCAGGAAGGAGACGAUGGCUCCACGGUCUACGUCAUGGAGGAGGGGAUGGUGGAGGUGACCAAACAAGACAAGAAACUCUGCACCAUUGGUCCAGAAAAAGUGUUUGGAGAACUGGCCAUCCUGUACAACUGCACCCGCACAGCGUCAGUCACAGCCCUGACGGACAUCAAGCUGUGGGCCAUCGACCGACAGGACUUCCAGACCAUCAUGAUGCGGACAGGGCUCAUUAAACAUUCCCAGUACACAGAGUUCCUGCGCAGUGUCCCCUCUUUCUCAUCCCUCCCUGAGGACAUUCUCAGUAAACUGGCUGAUGUUCUGGAGGAGACUCAUUACAGCGACGGUGAUUACAUUAUCCGCCAGGGAGCCACUGGAGACACAUUCUUCAUCAUCAGUAAAGGACAGGUGAAAGUGUCGCAGCAGAACUCCGAUGGUGAGGAGAUGCCGAAUGAAAAGAGUCUUUCCAAAGGAGACUGGUUUGGAGAGCAGGCUCUGAAAGGUGAGGACGUUCGAACGGCCAGUGUGACCGCCGUGGGAGACGUCACCUGUCUGGUCAUUGACCGAGAGUCUUUCAAACAGCUGAUUGGUGGACUGGAUGACACUCCAAGCCAACAGAAAGACAUGGACGAGGUCAAUGCCAAACUACAGGUAGAGGCGGAUUUCUUCUCCAGUGUCACACUGAAGGACUUUAAUAUCAUCUGCACUCUGGGAGUGGGAGGCUUCAGCCGAGUGGCGCUGGUGCAUUUGAAGAAUGAUCACAGUCGGUCGUUCGCCCUCAAAGUGUUGAAGAAGCGUUACAUCCUGGACAGCAGCCAGCAGGGUCACAUCCUGUCAGAGAGACGCAUCAUGGUGGAGGCUCACAGUCCCUUCAUCAUCAGGUUGUACAGGACGUUCAAAGACACCAAGUACCUCUACAUGCUGCUGGAGGUCUGUCUGGGUGGAGAGCUGUGGUCGCUGCUCAGGGACAGGGGUUCCUUUGAUGACAGCACCACCCGUUUUUACACGGGCUGCGUGAUCGAAGCUCUGGCCUUUCUGCACUCCAGAGGAAUCAUCUACAGAGACCUCAAACCGGAGAACAUCAUACUGGACCACAGAGGAUACGCCAAACUGGUGGACUUUGGUUUUGCCAAGAAGGUAGGUCUGGGAAAGAAGACGUGGACAUUUUGUGGGACUCCUGAAUACGUGGCUCCAGAGAUCAUCCUGAACAAAGGUCACGACAGCUCGGCUGACUGCUGGUCUCUGGGGAUCCUGGUGUUUGAGCUGCUCAGUGGCAGUCCUCCAUUUUCAGGCUCUGAUCCCAUGAAGACCUACAACAUCAUACUGAGAGGCAUCGAUAUGAUCGAGUUCCCAAAGAAGAUCACCAAGAGCGCCGCCAACCUUAUCAAACGCCUCUGCAGGGACAACCCCUCAGAGAGACUGGGGAACCAGAAGAAUGGAGUGAAGGACAUCCAAAAACACAAGUGGUUCGAGGGCUUCAACUGGGAUGGACUUCGUCAAGGAACCAUUGACUCUCCGUAUAUACCUGUGGUGAAAGGGCCACUGGACAACAGCAACUUUGACGAAUUCCCCGAGGACACCGACGACCCACCUCCUGACGAGGACUCCGGCUGGGACCUGGAAUUCUAACAUCUGUCUGUUAGGAAUGAAGGGUCUAAAGAGGAAGUGAAGCCAUAACAUAAAGGAGCGCCAACUUCUUGAUCAGACCACAUGGAGAACUGAAGCUGGGUGCUUUCACAAAGCCCUCAAAGACCAGAACCUCCAGAUGAGAAGACUUGGAUGUUAGGAAGGCUGAGCACAACGACAGGACGCAGAAACAUCCCACACUCCAGUGACGACUCAGAUACCAAAGACACGUGAACAAAAUGAAGAGAAGAGAGAAAAGCUGAUUAUAGAACUGUGUGUGUGUGUUAGCUGAUUAACAACGUUCAAAAUAAAACAGGUAUUUGUUUAAAGAUUAAAGAUCAAAUUUGUCAGUUAAUGAAAAGAAAUAAAUCCAUUUGUCACUGGUAAAGUCAGUGUGUCCGCAGUAGGUGCUGCAGAUGUUUAUCAGCCAGCGUUGACCUCCGGGAUAAUGGGGUCACUGAGGUCGUGUGAGGUUCACUGACUCCUGUUCAUGAUGGAAACUCUGCUUCCUUCUCUAACGAAUCUUUCCCACAAUUUAACUGAGAACUGACGCUGAGAUAAGACACACACGCACACACACCCAUACACACACACACUCUUUUCCACAUCCUCUUAAGUGUCAGAGUUUACGAAACAAACCCACAAAUUAAAGAACUUAAAGAACAGAGUGGGAUUAUAUAAAAGGGCAUUAAAGUAAUUCACAUUGACGUACAUUUUUUAAAAAUAAAUCGCAGAAUAAAUCUGUAGUUUUAAC